UGUAGAAGUUCGUAGAAAGAUACAGCAGAAUUGUUGUGUCGGAUUAGAACGUGGCCUACACAUUUUUAAUAAAUUACAGCUCUCGCAGAACGAUCUGACAACAUGAGUGAAAUAAAACCCAAUGACGUGGUGGCCGACAGUGCAGCCGAUGCUGGAGAGGAGAAAGACUGGGCAGCUGCCAAGGCAUUUUUUGACAACUUGAAAACGAAGAAACCAAGACCUCCCAAGCCAAGAUAUGCCGUGACCAUCGCAGUAUCUUCACGGACUUUAUUCAACAUGACUGAAGAAAGGAAAAUUUACGAGGAGGAAGGGCUAGAGACAUACGUCGCCCAUCAUAUAGCGCAUGAAAACGAACCGCUGAGACCCGGUGCGGCGUUUCCAUUUGUAAAGGCCCUCAUGACGGUGAAUGACAAACUGCGGGAACUCUACCCAGACAGCGAGGAGCUUUUCGACAUCGUUCUGAUGACUAACAACCAUGCCCAGGUCGGGGUGCGGCUGAUCAACAGCAUCAAUCAUUACGAUCUGACCAUUGAGAGGUUCUGCAUGACCGGCGGGCAGAGUCCCAUUGGCUACCUGAAGGCCUACAUGACCAACCUCUACCUCUCCAAGAACUCGGAGACAGUCACAGAAGCCAUAGAAGAAGGCAUUGCGGCUGCCACCAUGUUCAACUCCGACACGCAAAACCAGUUGUGUGAAGAUCAGCUGAGAGUGGCAUUUGAUGGCGAUGCUGUCCUCUUCUCCGACGAAUCUGAGAUCAUCGUAAAGAAACAUGGCCUGGACACAUUCUUUGAGCACGAGAAGGAGUAUGAGAACAAACCUCUUGCACAGGGUCCUCUGAAGUGCUUCCUGGAGGCUCUGGGCAAGCUGCAGAGGAAGUUCUACGCCAAGAACGAGCGCAUGAACUGCCCCAUCCGCACCUUCCUGGUGACGGCCCGCAGUGCAGCCAGCUCCGGGGCGCGCGUGCUCAAGACCCUGCGGAGCUGGGGCCUGGAGAUCGACGAGGCUCUGUUCCUCGCUGGGGCCCCCAAGGGGCCGCUGCUGCAGAAGAUCCGGCCGCACAUCUUCUUCGACGACCAGAUGUUCCACAUCGAGGGGGCACAGGAGCUGGGGACCAUCUCCGCCCAUGUGCCUUAUGGGAUUGGCCAGAAGUACCACAAAGGGAAGCUGAUUGAGAAGCCUGGUAGUAAGAAUUGAGGAUGCACUUAAAGGCACUGAUUCAUUAGUAGGUUGAUGGCUACACACAAAGAUGCAUCUUUUGUCACUGUUAGUUAUUAUUCAAAGAUGCAUCUUUUGUCACUGUUAGUUAUUAUUCAUAGAAUAUCUUUUCUACAGGUAUAGUGAGACUUAUAUAUUUUUUGUGAUAUUUAUCUUUGAUAUAACAAAUUAUUGAAUAUUACAGCAUAAUUGUCUUUUUCUAUCAAACUGGGGUAUAGUAAUAUGCAUGUAUUGUGCAAGUUUUAGAUUUUAAAGUACCAAUGCUCUUUACGCACAAAGUUUUCACUCCAAACUACCAGAUGUGUCACUGAUAAUGUCAGUGGCAUUAUUUUAUAUAGGUAUUUUUUUUUAUUAAAUGUAGCCCAUUUUGUUUCUGCAGGUUAAUUAUGUUUGCACAGAUGUGGGACUUGGGAAUUAGGAUCUGUGGAUAGUCAAAAAGAAAGAAAAGUUGGCUCUUCAACAAUUAUAAUUCUAAAUUAGUUCAAAAUAAUUUUACAAGCUAAUAUUAUACACUAUUUAAGACCACAACAUGCAAUAUCAUAUCAGUCAUACACUGUUGCCGAAACAAAGUGAAAGAUAAUGCUGUUUCUAUGUCAGUUAGUAAACACUGCACAGAGAUGCAUCAUCUCUAGGGUUCUCUUGAGUCAAGGAUCUUUUACAUAUGGGAAUUCCAGGGUGUUACUGUAAUGUAUCUCUGUAAUAUAUUCUAUUUUAUUAUAUUCUAGCUUUAUUUUACUGUUUGCAUAUUGUUAUUAGAAAUUGUACCUUAAUACGCCAUAUGCGCUAAAUUAGGUCAAGAAGUACAUCAUUUUAUGGCGUGAAGCUGAAGCUGUUGAUGGAACCAUGUAGAUAGAAAUAGCUUUUGCUAUGGCCCUUUUCCAAUAUAGCUAGUUUUGACAGAUGCAUUUGAACACAAGCUGAAGAGGUGAAAAAAGUUCCCCAACCUGUCUUUCUGCUACAGAAGAGGUAGACACCCCCCCCCCCAUCAUAAAAAUGCCUCUUGUCUCUUGUGUAACAACAUUUGGCAUAAGUAAGGGAUAAUGGACGACACGGUGGUCUGUUCACAGAAAUGAAUGCAUGGUUGUAAGUUCGUUAGUUCUAUCGCUUCCGUUGUCAAGUGGGCGUAUCCCAAGAUUCUGAUGAACUUUAGCUUUGAAACAUCGCUAUUUUACCUAGCCUGCUGUCAUCCAUCUACCUAAAAGCCACCUCCGUCAUAUGCUACAAUGUUGCUA